UGGAGAGAUUGCAAAUCAGUCAUGCUGAUCAGCUGGUAAAAUUAUGGAACAAUCAGGUUUUUGUGGAUUCCUUCAAAAAAUUAAAUCGCUUGUUUGUACAAUUUUGUAAAAAUCUUGCAAGUGUUUUUCCAUCUAACAUGCUCGGGAAGCACCAGAAACUAGAGAUGUUGGAAGUACAAAAUUGUGAUUCAGUUGAAGAGAUUUUUGAAGUUCUUGAGAAAAGGUCCUGUAUGAUAGAGGAAGUUGUUGCCAAGGGGGAAGAAAUCCCCAGGUUUGUAUUCUCUAAAUUAACCAACCUGUAUCUAGGGAUGCUACCAAGUCUCAAAAGUUUCUACGCAGAAAUGCAUUUUUCAGAAUGGCCAAAUUUGAAAGUGUUGAAGGUAUAUGGUUGUAAUAAUGUGGAGAUCCUUGCUUCAGAAGUAUUGAGCAUCCGAGGGAGUCAUGGAGACAGUCAACAGCCACUGUUCUUCUUUUACAAGGAUGCAUUCCCUAGCUUGAAAAAACUAGAGUUACGUGAAAUGCCCAGGUUAAAGCAUCUGUGGAGAGGAAAUUUUCUGCCUUCCAAUGCUUUUCAAAAUCUCAAGACUCUAAAAGUAUCAGAAUGUGACAGUUUAGAAAAUUCAUGGUCCUCAUCAGUGUCUUUUCAGAAUUUGUCAACUCUGCAAGUUUCAAAGUGUGAUGGAUUGAGAUAUUUACUAACCCCCUCAAAAACUAAAACUUUGGGUCAACUUACAAGAGUGAAUGUAUCUGAUUGCAAAAGGAUGGAGGAAAUUGUGACACAUUUGGGAAAUGUAUCUGAUUGCAAAAGGAUGGAGGAAAUUGUGACACAUUUGGGAGAUGAAGUAAUGGAGAAUUCAAUUGUUUUCAACAACUUGGAUUGUUUGGAACUUCACUGCUUGUCCAGCCUUAAAAGCUUCUGUUGUGGGGAUUAUUCUCUUGAAUUCUCAUGCUUAAAAAAAGUAGUUGUCAGGCAAUGCUUGGAGAUGGAGACUUUUUGUCAUGGAGUUUUAAGCACACCAAAGCUCGAAAGACUACAGUGGACAGAAGGAGAGGAUGAAGUAGAGGAAUGUUGGGAAGGCAACCUUAAUUCCACCAUACAAUAUUUGUACAAAAAUAUGAAAGUGUGGAGCUCCAAUCAAGAUUGAGGUCAUUCCUUUAAAUAGUUUGCAAUAGACCAUUGCUUCAUUUCCUCCAGGUGAAGAGGGGCUUUGUUUCUGCCAUCUUAACUGAUUUUAUCCUCAAAUUUUGUUGAAGGUUGAGGCCUUGCAAUGCUGAGUAUAAGAUUUUUGGUAUUUUACUUUAAUGGUCUGCUGUACUUGAUGCUGUUUCAUUUAUUUUACCAGAUCUAAUGAUCAAGAUGCAUCUAUACUGCUAGGAAUCCUACAUUGGUUGAGAAUUGAUUCGGGUAUGAGCAUAUAAACUUUGGAGAAAGUGUCACUUCUUGAAUUAACUCAUGGGGUGGGAGAGAUUCAAAAACAUUUUGUGGCCGUGGUUUCAAAAUCCAAGGUCCCGUGGAUUGGCCACUUAAUGUGAAAACUGUCCAGUGUAUCGCUCAGAAGAAUUAGACAAUGGCUCCAGAAAUGGCUAUGGCUUCUGUCUCUGAAGUUGCAUCAAAGGCUACAUCAGAUAUGUAUGAUUUGCUAACACAGCAAAUCUCUUAUUUCAGAUACAAGAAAACCUGUCAUUUUUAUCCUCAAUAAUUGUUAAGACAAGUUCAGAGAGCCAUUUCAAGCCCACUUCUGAGUUAGAAGAAGGCCAGCAGUUGGUUUAAGUUUGAAGAUAUAGAGGCCCAUUUAUCUCUACUCAAUACUGUGCGUUUUGGUGACUUCUCAUUAAGCCAAAACGCACCGUUUAGAGUUAGUUGAAGCUUCAUCUAGAAGACUCUGAAUGUACUGUUGGUACAAAGAUCUACGCUCUUCUUUUCUAAGUCUUCAGUUCUUCUCUUUUCAAGUCUCAUUUAGCCAAGAAUAAUCUAACGGCAUUUGUUUUAAAGAUCAGAUAGUUGUUUUGUAAGAGUUAGUUAGUUAUUAAUGGUUGUGAUGUAGUUACGUAACUGUAGCCAGCCUGUAAUCUUAGAUUUUGUAUAAAUACUCUGUAAAACCUAAUUUUUUUUUCUAAUGAAAAUCUUGAGGAAUUUCAGUA